UUCUUCGGAGCUGUCUUGCCAUAUUCCAAACGAGGAAAAAGGCUAUAAAUACCUCCAUUUUCUCCGGUGUUCUCAGCCAGCUACAGAUCAACCAAUAUAGAAAGCAUUACAUGUCUCAGCGAGCACGCGUUCCUCACUUUUCUUCCGUAGCCUUCGGCCUCCAUUCCCAUCUCCUGGUUUCCAGUGAGAUGAAUCCCAGCUCCGACUGGUAGAAUCAUAUGUAUUGAUAUUAACUUCCUUCCAUAAUUUCCCCCAAUUUCGUAGCCCUCAGAUAUCGCACGAACCCCUUGCUGCAAUUGAGAUGAGUCUCAGGGGAUUUGUGGAGGGCGGGAUCGCAUCCAUCGUGGCCGGUUGCUCCACCCAUCCGCUCGAUCUCAUCAAGGUCCGGAUGCAGCUUCAGGGCGAAUCAGCCGCGUCCGUGCCCGCCUUUCGCUCUGCCCUAACCUUCCCCGGAUCUGGCCUCGCCAUUCCUCAAACUCCUCCCACCGCGCGCCGCCCUGGUCCCAUUUCCGUCGGCGUGCAGAUCUUCCGCGCUGAGGGCCCCUCCGCUCUCUUCUCCGGCGUGUCCGCCACCGUACUGCGGCAAACCCUAUACUCAACGACACGUAUGGGCCUCUACGACAUUCUUAAAAUCAAAUGGUCAUCCCACUCCAUCGCCGCAGACGGCGAGGGAAAUCAGCCGAAACCGGCGACAGUUUCGCUUCCCUUGUACAAGAAGAUCACCGCAGGGUUGAUUGCCGGCGCGGUAGGGGCGGCAGUUGGAAAUCCGGCUGACCUGGCGAUGGUACGGAUGCAGGCGGACGGGAGGCUUCCGGCCGCGGAGCGGCGGAACUACAAGGGGGUCGGUGAUGCCAUCAUGCAGAUGGUGAGGAGGGAGGGGGUGGGGUCGUUGUGGCGAGGAUCGGCUUUGACGGUGAACAGGGCGAUGAUGGUGACGGCUUCGCAAUUGGCAACAUAUGAUCAGGCAAAGGAGGCGAUAUUGGGGAAGGGGUGGAUACCGGACGGGUUACUGACGCAUGUGGCGGCGAGCUUUGCGGCGGGGUUGGUGGCGGCGGCGGUUUCGAAUCCGGUAGAUGUGGUAAAGACGAGGGUGAUGAACAUGAAAGUGGAGAUGGGGGUGGCUCCGCCUUACGUCGGUGCGGUGGAUUGCGCCUUGAAGACGGUGAGGGCGGAGGGGCCAAUGGCUCUGUAUAAGGGUUUUAUUCCUACCGUUUCCCGCCAGGGACCCUUUACUGUUGUUCUGUUCGUUACGCUUGAGCAGGUUCGCUCCCUGCUCAAGAACUUCUGAUGUGAUUUCUAUUCUUGUUUCGGCACGAGUGAUUUACUUGCUCGCUUCUUUCGUAA